UAAACAUUAACCAGAAGUUUAUAGUCUAGUUCACUACAUUUUACGAGAGGAUCAAGGAGUGAAUCUAAUACUGGAAGAAUGAGGCUUGUACAUAUAUGUAUUUUCUUGGUUUUGUUGUUAGGUCUUUAUCAGAAAGAAACAGAUGCUGUAAGCAGUUUAACCCUCAGUAAUGGCACUGUGAUUGAUGGGUCGACCCUCCAAGUUUGUCCAGGCACUACAGUCAGCCUCACCUGCUCUCAUGAUGAUGUUGAUGAUCAGACUCGUUGGGGUGUCAGUGGUCCCGUAAUGUGUGCUACUGUUGUUGUACAUAAUACAAACCCAAGCACUACCAUGUGCAGUGGAUUGUUCGCACUCUCUGUUAAUAUGGUCACUGCUGCCAAUGAGCAACCAAGGAUGUCUACUCUUGUGUUGCCAGCUGAGGAGUCACUGAAUGGUGCUGUGGUGACUUGUUUUGCUGGUGGUUCUUCAUCUGAUCCUCAAGUCGGGAACUUCACUAUACAAGUUAUCGGUUCACCUUCCACUCCAACUGUUAACAGUAUGGAAUACUCUGUGGCCGAUUCAACUACUGGACAAUUUGCAUUCUUGGCCAGCAGUAGUGGGACCUUCGGGACAGUGGUCACUAUUUCUGCCAGUGUGGCUGAAGGCAGUGGCUCAGUGGUUGUCACUGACAACAACAUCACUGUGACUGGGCUGAGCUACACCAAGUCUCACACUGUCAGUGUAGUGGCUACCAGUGCUGUUUGUCCAGGAGUGUUGAACAGCACUAAUGUUUCUGUGAUGUUUAACAUAAGAUCCCUUGUACUGACUCAGUUGACUGGAUUUGUUGGCUGUUCCAAUCCAUCAUUGCCUAUCAGUGGAUCAUGGCGCUUUAUAGAGGGAGUUCAAAGCAGCAGUGACCCGGCAGUUCAGUUGACUUCCCCCCGAAUUGGUACACCAUCCAUAACCUACACUUCACCCGGGCGUAGUGGCAAUGCAGAGUUUGUUCCUGAUUCAUCCUACCAGCUCACAGACACAGUGGAAAAUGAUGUGUACACUUUCACUGUGACCGUGACUAAUGCGGCUAAUUCUAGUCGUGAAGUAUCUGAAGGAGUUGUUGUUACUCCCUUUGUUGUUGAUGAGAGUACACUGGACACAAUGAAUUGCCUCACAUUCUCUCUCGGUCAAAACUGUGCUUCUGAGCAAAGUGGAAACUUCAUUGUUCGGUUUGAACAAGGAAAUGGUGUUUGUCGAGACUUGGUUCUGUCAGAUUUCAGCACAUCCACCAUACAACUGAUGCCUCGGUCGGCUUGUGCACCCGUGACUUCAUCCACUAACCUGUGUUAUCGUGCAACUCUGAUGUAUAAUGGGAUUAUAAUUGACGCUCAGACUAAUCUCAACUUUAACACAUGCCCCGUGACCGCCCUCUCAUCAUUCAUUGGCAGUGGAGUGUCCAUGCAGCUGGAUGGGGAGGUUACUAAUGGCAACGUAUCUCACAUCACCACUGCUACUCUGAGCUGCACCUCGGCUAUCUUUGAGUUAAGUUCUCCUCAAAUCACAUGCAUUAAUGGAACUUGGGAACCAGCUAGAUUGAGAUCAUGCACAUCAUUGGCUGUUUGGCUGAUUGUGGUGAUUAUUCUUAUAAUACUGACACUGGCUUGUGCAAUUGGAAUUGUCUGUGGAUUGCUGACAGCUCGAUACUUGCCCUUUCUCCUCAACGGACUUGCAGAAAAGAAAUGUUGGGCAAUUUUGGCUGUUGUUCUCCUUGGGUUUUUGUUUUGUUUCGGUCUGGGAGUGCUCUUCUACAUUUGUUGCUGCAAACGAGAUUCGGGUAGCAAGUCAAAGCCAAGAGAUGCUGAAAAACUAACUCAAAGCACCUCAUCUCCCCCACCACCUGACUCCCUGUAUGCUGACCCCAAUACCAUUGAGCACCAGCCAGCCCCAGGCACUGAAGACCAGUAUGCCAUGGUCGAUAGAAAGGGCAAGAAGAACACAAAACCAAAGCCAACUCCACCAGAAGCUCUGUAUCAGGACCCCAACACGAUUGAACAUGAGACCGCUGCCUCCGGAGACACUUAUGCCGUGGUGGACAAGCCCAAGAGGUCUUCCAAGAAGAAGGGAGGUCCAGAUGUGGUUCCACCAGCCAGCGAGGGGCUGACCUAUGCCGAUAUUGAUCUGAGCAGCAAACGUCCAAAGCCAGGCAGUGGUCGACAGGCACCCCAACAACCCGGAGAAUAUCCAAAAGAACAUCCGGUGGAGUAUUCCAGCGUGGAUCAUGGCAACACCUCUCAGCUGUAAACAAGAGAACAUCGAUUUAAUUAAGAAACGAACAAAAGAGUAACUCUGUUGCUAGAUUAUAUUUAACUUGAUUGUAGGUGUGUAUAGUGUAGCUAGUUAGCGUUGUAGUAAUAAGCACGAGAUGCUGAAAAUAAAAUUACAUGUGAACACAGUCAUCCCCUAACCCUCCUUUAUAACCUCUCAUCACUAGUAUGGGUGUUUUUGUACCGUCAUGCAGAGUAGACACUUUAUUUACUGAUUUAUAACAGUCCUGUGGGAUGUUAAAAUGUUAUCGAAUGUCAAUUUC